GCCCUGAAGGAACUUCAGCUGAUUGACUGGAUAGGAGACCAGGUCAGCGUCGCUAUAAGAAGUGUGGAUGAAGGACAGCGACAGACCGCCGCAGUACUGAUCAUCUUGUGGGUGUCGGCCUUUGCGUCCAGUUUUAUCGACAACAUCCCCUACACUACGGCCAUGAUACCGGUGCUGAUCCGUCUGGCGGAAGAUCCGGUUCUCAAGGAUCAGCUCGACAUACUGCCUCUCGUCUUCGCCCUAGCAUUCGGUGCCUGUCUUGGAG